AUGCUCAACAAGAUGGUCCACAUUCGCACGGGCCCACGAAAAAACUCCAGCAACAUCGAGACGACGACGACGCGGCUUCCGAGCAACCGCCUCUUCUCGCGGGCAACUCGUCAGCAACCGCGCGAGCCGCCGCGGUUGCAGCCGCUCUCGAACCAAAACAGUAUUGCGCCAGCCCCCGACGCGGACGAACGCUCCAAGAAGUCGAGCACCGAGGAUUCGGAGAACGACGACGACGGCAAUGCGUCGACGGUGCAGCUACCACCCGCAUCGUCGACGUACACGUCGUAUCCCGGUGGUGCCAAAGACAUCAAGCCCCGUAUGGAGGACACGCGGCUCGACGCGCUCUCGAUUUCGGCGCGGCUCGCGACCGCCGGCAUCACAACAUCGUCGUCGAACUCGAUCGUGAUGAAGGAGCGGAGCAGCGCGACAAAGGGUCUCGUCGGUCUCCAGAACCUCGGCAACACGUGCUUUAUGAACAGUUGUCUCCAGUGCCUUAGCAACGUUCCGCUUGUGAUGCGGUAUUUCCGCAUGGGCCAGCACCUCCAAGAACUCAACGAGGCGAGUCCGACCCAAGGCAAACUCGCAUGUGUGUUUGGCGACCUCACGCAAGUGCUGUGGCAGCAAGCCGAGUUCAGUUCAACGCGCCCCGUCGAGCUGAAGCGGGUCGUUGGAAAGCUGGCGUCGCGCUUCAUUGGGUACGAGCAGCACGACGCACAAGAAUUUCUUCGCUUCCUCGUCGACGGCCUCCACGAAGACCUCAACCGCAUCAAGAAAAAACCAGCGUACUAUGAAAUCCCAGGCACCGCGACCGACAAGGACGUCUCGGAAGAGUACUGGCAAUUCUACGUGCAGCGCAACGUCAGCGCGCUCUCGGAGCAAUUCUGCGGCCAAUUACGGUCCGAAGUCACGUGCCAAACGUGCCAGCACCGGUCCGUGUGCUUUGACGUCUUCUGGGAUCUCUCGAUUCCCGUGCCCAAGAAGGGCAAGAGCUUGGCGUCUCGCUUCAGCGCGGCUAGAACCGACGACGACAAUGGCGUGCCCGUCGAAGACUGUCUGCGGGCGUACACGGAGGAAGAACACAUCAAGGAAGACGACGCAUUCUACUGCGCCAAGUGCAAGACGCACCGGUCUGUCGUCAAGAAGAUCAACCUCCAGCGGUGCCCGCACGUGCUCGUGCUGCAUUUGAAGCGCUUCUCGUACUCGACGUUCAGCCGCGAUAAGAUCUCGACGCCCAUCAAGUUUCCCGCCGACGGUCUCAACCUCAAAGAGUUUUGCAGCAAAGACAAUCUGCACUACGACAAGAGCUGGGACUAUGAUCUGAUUGGCGUCAUCCACCACAUGGGCUCGCUCAACGGCGGCCACUACACAGCCGAAUGCCGCAACCCCGAGAACGACCAGUGGUAUGACUUCAACGACGAGACCGUCUCCGGGAUCAAGAAGCCGCACGUCUCGAGCGGCACGGCCUACAUCCUCUUCUACCAGCGCCGCGGCGCACACGGGUAA